CAACACAAGAUUAAAAAUAAAGGAAGUAAAACACAUCAGAACCAAAAACUCACCCUCAUCAGUCAUCACUACACUACAAUACACAACAAACAAAGCAAACAAACACCUUCCUUCUCUUACUCUCUCUCUCUCUCUCUUUUUUUUUUUUUGCUUACACGUAAAAAACGCACACUCCUCCACCCACUCAUUAUUCUAAUCUAGUUUUCUGAACUAGUCUUUCUUUCACUCCAACAACAACAACAACCCUUCCUCGUCAUAGCACCAUUCUCCAAACUCUUUUGUUGCUUGUGUUUCGUGUUUGUUCUUCUUUUGUCUGCAUUUGUCCCUCUUCGUUUGAGCCACCACACACACCCUUUUUACAAAUAUUAUUUCUUAUUAAAAUACCAACAAAAAGAGGGUGGUGGUGGGAGAAGAAAAAGUAGCAAGGCUUCCACUGUACCAUUACCAAAGCCACUUUUUGUCUCUUGAAACUCAAUUUUUCCUUUUUCUUUUUGUUUUUUCAUUGACCACUUGUUAAUUCAUGAGGGCCUUCUUUAUCUAGCUGAAGAAAUAAACAUGGUUGCUGUGUAGUUCUCAGAAUAGUUCAACCCCAUCAUGGAUCUUGAGUCUGUGAUCCACAAGAACACAAUCAAGGAAGAAUCAUGGAAGACAGUGUUGACUUUGGCUUAUCAAAGCUUGGGGGUUGUGUAUGGAGACUUGAGCACUUCACCACUUUAUGUUUACAAAAGCACUUUUGCGGAGGAUAUUCAGCAUUCUGACACCAAUGAAGAAAUCUAUGGGGUGUUGUCUUUUGUGUUUUGGACACUCACACUGAUUCCACUGCUCAAGUAUGUGUUCAUUGUGCUGAGAGCUGAUGACAAUGGUGAGGGAGGGACCUUUGCUCUAUACUCCUUGCUGUGCCGCCACGCUCGUGUGAGCUUGUUGCCUAACACUCAGCUUGCGGAUGAGGACUUGACUGAGUACACCAUAGACAAUGGGACUGUUCCAAUUGAUAAGAAAAAUGUUGGGUUGGGGUUGAAGACCUUGUUGGAGAAACACAGAGUGCUGCAAAGGGUGCUGCUUGUUCUGGCCUUGAUUGGGACUUGCAUGGUUAUUGGAGAUGGUGUCCUCACACCAGCAAUUUCUGUUUUUUCUGCUGUGUCAGGUUUGGAGCUUUCCAUGUCUAAAGAGCAGCACAGAUAUGUGGAGGUUCCAGUGGCUUGUGUAAUACUGAUAUUUUUGUUUGCCCUUCAACAUUAUGGCACUCACCGUGUAGGGUGUCUUUUUGCACCUGUUGUCAUGACCUGGCUUCUAUGCAUCAGUGCUAUCGGUGUUUAUAACAUCUUCCAUUGGAAUCCACAUGUUUAUCAAGCUCUCUCUCCUUAUUACAUGUUCAAAUUUCUGAAGAAGACCCAAAAGGGAGGAUGGAUGUCCUUGGGAGGGAUUCUACUGUGUAUAACAGGUUCAGAAGCCAUGUAUGCUGAUUUAGGACACUUUUCACAAUUGUCAAUUAAGAUUGCAUUCACCUUUUUGGUAUACCCUUCUUUAAUCCUAGCAUAUAUGGGACAAGCUGCAUAUCUUUCUAGACAUCAUUCCCUUGAAAGUGACUAUCGAAUUGGGUUCUACGUAUCUGUACCUGUAAAACUUAGAUGGCCAGUUCUUGCAAUAGCCAUACUUCAAGCUGUGGUUGGAAGUCAAGCUGUCAUCACAGGGACUUUCUCAAUAAUCAAACAAUGUUCUGCUUUGGGAUGUUUCCCCAAAGUCAAAAUCAUUCACACGUCAUCUAAGAUGCAUGGCCAGAUUUACAUUCCUGAAAUCAACUGGAGUUUGAUGCUACUUUGCCUGGCUAUUACAGUUGGAUUUAGAGAUACAAAACGCAUGGGAAAUGCAGCAGGUUUGGCUGUCAUAACUGUCAUGCUGGUGACCACUUGCUUAAUGUCUCUAGUUAUGGUCUUGUGUUGGCACAAAAGCAUUUUGCUAGCAGUAUGCUUCAUAUUGUUCUUUGGCUCUAUUGAAGCACUCUAUUUCUCUGCAUCCCUCAUCAAGUUCCUUGAGGGGGCUUGGGUCCCCAUUGCCCUCUCCCUCAUCUUCCUCAUUGCCAUGUAUGUGUGGCACUAUGGCACAAUAAAGAAGUAUGAGUUUGAUGUUCAAAACAAGGUUCCAAUCAACUGGCUCCUCAGUUUAGGCCCCUCUCUAGGAAUUGUCAGAGUCAAGGGAAUUGGCCUAAUACACACAGAACUAGUAUCUGGGAUUCCAGCUAUUUUCUCACACUUUGUCACCAAUCUCCCUGCCUUCCACCAAGUUGUUAUCUUCCUUUGCAUCAAAUCUGUCCAAGUGCCACAUGUUAGACCUCAAGAGAGGUUCUUGGUGGGGAGAGUAGGCCCAAAGGAGUAUAGGCUCUACAGGUGCAUAGCACGGUAUGGCUACAGAGACAUUCACAAGGAUGACAUGGAGUUUGAGAAGGAUCUUGUAUGCAGCAUAGCUGAAUUCAUCAGAUCAGACACCUCAGAAUAUGGCUUAGGACUUGGGGGAGGUUUUGAAGAAGAUACAAAGAUGACAGUUGUUGGAACUUUAGCAUCAAACAUAGAGGGUGUAAUAAGGAUGUCUUCUGAGGAUUAUGAACAAGAAGAUUCUCAAAUGGAAGGCCCUUCUUCAGAAUUGAUAGAGGUUAAGUCUCCUGAGAAAGUGAGAAAAAGAGUGAGGUUUGUUGUGCCAGAUAGUCCACAAAUUGAUCUGGAUGCAAGGGAGGAGCUGCUUGAGCUAAUGGAAGCAAAAGAGGCUGGAAUGGCAUUCAUAUUGAGUCACUCUUAUGUUAGAGCAAAAAGUGGAUCAAGUUGGAUAAAACAAGUUGUUAUCAAUUAUGGGUAUGAUUUCUUAAGGAGAAACUCUAGAGGGCCAACAUAUGCUUUGAGUAUACCACAUGCAUCCACCUUAGAGGUGGGAAUGAUCUAUCAUGUAUGAACGAGUUUUGGCUAGAGUUAUAAUAUUAUAUCUAGUUUAGUUUUGUAACUAGUGAUAUUGUAUGGUAGGUCAACCUUACACAUGAUAAAUAUGGUGGCAUUUUGUACAGUGACACCCUCCAAGCUUCUUGACAAGUGCUGCAUGCCGACCUGUCGUAUUCACCUUUCGUUUUUGUAUUUUUCUUGGUACAUAAAUAAGCUGUGUCUGUAGGGACUAGUUCCCAAAAUGUCUACCAAGCUCUAUCUUGUCGUCUUGUUCUAGCAUGAAUCUGAAAUGUAGAUCAUGUUCAAGAUUUCCAACAGAUAAUGUAACGAGUCUUUUGAAUGAAAAGAAGAAAACCCAAUGGAUUAAUAUCUUUGAUAUAUA